AUGGAUCGCAGUUUAGACGAAACCAUCGCCGAGCGUCAGCGGGCCCAGAAUCGAGGACGAAGAGCACCUCCUCCGCGUCGUCGAGACUACAACUAUCCACGCGAUGGAGUCAGAAAGUCUGCAAGAGAUGAUCGAACAAAUCUUGAUAAUGACUGGGUUCACGAUCGAUACGAUGACGAGCCAGACAACCGUCGGGGUUAUGAUCGCCCAAGAGAACGGAGAGACCGUCGAGGGGAUGAUCGUUCUCCCGGGCCCGAAAGACCUCCUCCAGCCAAACUCCGCGUUGACAACCUCCACUACGAUUUGACCGAGGACGAUAUCUGGGAUUUGUUUACGCGCAUUGGCCCCGUCAUGGACGCUAGACUUCGUUAUGAUCGAGCCGGGCGUUCUGAAGGUAUUGCCUUUGUAACCUAUGAGCAUGUUGCAGAUGCCAGAGCUGCCAUUCGUGACUUUGACGGUGCGAAUGCCAAGGGUCAACCUAUUCGUCUCACACUUCUCCCUCUCCCAAGACGAGACAAUCCAUUUGAUCGUGUCGAGAAUCCAAGGAGUCUUUUUGACAGAAUUGAAGCUCCAGCUGGACGUAGUCGCAGACGAAGUGACAGUCCGAUGGAAGAGGUUGAGGAAGAUCGUGUUUCUCGACGUGCUCCGAGGAGAGGUCAGCCGAGAGAACGUAGAAGUGAUGUGACCAAACCACCUCCUGAUAAUAUCGACCGAUAUGUUCCAGGACAAGGUGACAGUCGAAGCUCAAGUCAUCGUGGAGGUCGCAGACCAGGUGAGAGACGAGAACGUGCGGCCAGAGAUGCCGAAGGUCAUAAACUGGUCAACGGUCGACCGCGGAAAACUGCUGAAGAACUUGACGCCGAGAUGGAUGAUUACUGGGGGAAUGCAGGCAAUAAUGCUCAAGGCGAGGGUGGUAACAAUACUGCCCCAGCAGGACAGGAUAGGCAGGCUGAAGGAGCAGAUGAUAUUGACAUGAUCGAAUGA